CCCUCCUCUCUUUUCUCCAUCACACACACACUCUCUCUCUCUCUCUCUCUCUUUCCCUUGCUACUUUAUUUGUUUUUUCUUCUUCUUCUUCCUUACACUUUGUCACGACCUCUCUCUGUCUUUUGUCUCUCACCUUCUAUAUAGAUAGACCAUUGUCUUUUGCUUUUAGGCAAAGUGUGCCCUAUAAAACUAAGGGUAAGUUGUCCUAAACAGUUGAGACUGUUGGGGACGUACAGUACUUGGACACAAAUACUAUGAAGGAGAGUGGCAGGAAACAAGGUGCCCCUUCACCAUGCGCAGCCUGCAAACUUCUUAGGAGAAGGUGUGCUCAGGAUUGUGUUUUCGCCCCUUAUUUCCCAGCAGAUGAGCCCCAGAAGUUUGCUAACGUCCACAAGGUUUUUGGUGCCAGCAAUGUCAACAAAAUGUUACAGGAAUUGCCGGUGCACCAGAGAGGAGAUGCCGUUAGUAGCAUGGUUUAUGAAGCAAAUGCCAGGGUGCGUGACCCUGUUUAUGGUUGCGUUGGUGCCAUAUCCUCACUGCAGCAACAGAUUGAUGCGCUCCAGACCCAACUGGCUCUGGCUCAGGCUGAGGUGGUGCACCUCCGGGUGAGGCAGACCGCGUCAGUGUCCCCCCACGGGCUCGGCCACCCCGGUAGCCCAAGCAGUAGCGGCUCCCCUUCAUCUAGGCUCAUGCGUUCACAAGCCAAGCCUAUUUUUGACAUGGACAUGAUGGUGGAUCAGACUAGCUUGGGAGAAUCAUUGUGGUCAUGCUAGUACCCUAAUUCUAGAGGGCAAUCCUAGCUACUCUAUAUCUAAAUUAAUUUUUGUCCCCCACAAAAAUUUUAUUUUCAUCUAUAUAUCCUUUAGUAUACCUUUGCUUGGUAGAAGUAACGGCGGUGGCGGUGCUGGCGGUGGCGGUGAAAGGAGCAGUGGCGGAGGCCGUUCGCCCGCUUUGGUUUGAAACCAUAUUUUAUCGGUUAACUUGUAUAUGUUAUAGUAUAAACAUGAUUUUGAUGUGUAUCUAUAUGUUGUGGUCAGCAAAGAUAUAGUGCUAGGUUCCAUGAGGAGUUGCGAUGAACAGAGUAUUAUUGCAUGGAUGGUCCAUGUAUUCUAAGUGAUGACUUGAUUAUUAAUAGCAAGUGAGCAUUAAUGGGUUGCAUUUA